AAAAAAGUCCAUUAUUAAAACAACAUGCUGUAGCCUACCUACAGAAAGCAUCUGUUCCGUUUAUUAUUUAAUUUGUCUGCUUUCUGACGGGCAGUUCUGCUAUAGCUUUUAUCAAGUUCUCUCAUUACAUGCCGAAUCGAGGCGUUGGCUGUUCUUCAUGGAUGCCGAUGUCAACAAAUGGGAAAAUGUUCUUUCUGACAUCAGCACUGCGCCAAACCGGACAGUUCCAUCCGCGCAGUAUAUUGUCACCUUAGAUACACUUUCCUUAAAGGGAGUCAGUCAUGCGUGUACAACCUCGAGUAGAAAUGCUCGCAGUGGUCUUAAAAGUUUAAAGUACUGAUGUAGCUGUUUCAGCGAGGUUUGCCAAGGGAGUUGCGCAUUCGUCUGCAUUCAGGCAGGUUGCGGCUGAACAUAGGCAGUGUGAAUUAUUUAUUGGGACCGUCCUGCUAUAUAAGGGGGGCGCAGUCGGUUUUCUGCUCUUUAUCUUUAAACGACGAAAUGAGCUACGGAUCGGACAUCUACUCUGCCUCUUCCUACCGGAAGAUUUUCGGGGACUCGCCCCGUUACUCAUCCUCUCCAUCACGGAUGAGCAGCUCUCGGAGCGGAUAUAGGUCCAUAUCCCUCUCUCAUUCUAGUACCCCAUCUCUGGUCUCCUACAAGCGUUCCAGCCGACCUGCCUUUUCCUCACCUCUGACUCUCGAUACCGUCGACUUCAACCAGAGCACGGUCCUUAGCAAUGAGUUCAAGAUUAUUCGCACGAACGAGAAAGAGCAAAUGCAGGGCCUCAACGACCGCUUUGCUAUGUUCAUUGAAAAAGUGCGCAACUUGGAGCAGCAUAACAAAGUACUGGAGACCGAGCUUGUGGCGCUGCGGCAGCGACAGUCAGAGCCGUCUCGUCUGGCUGAAGUGUACCAGCAAGAGAUCCGCGAACUGCGCUCUCAGCUCGAAGAGAUAAACGGAGAGAAGAACCAGAUGAUGUUCGAGCGCGACAGCAUCGAAGAGGACCUCCAGAAACUACGGGAGAAGUACGAGGAUGAGAUCCGAAUGCGCGAGGAGGCAGAACAUAACCUCAAGGCAUUCAAAAAGGACGUAGACGACGCCACAAUGGUGCGUUUGGACCUGGAAAAGAAAGUCGAAGCUUUGCUGGACGAGAUCAGCUUCCUCAGAAAGGUGCACGAAGAGGAAGUGGUGGAGCUCACGAACAUGAUCCAGGCUUCUCAGGUGUCCGUAGAGAUGGAAGUCGCCAAGCCCGACCUUACCUCUGCCCUCAAGGAGAUCCGCAGCCAGUAUGAAUCACUAGCGUCCAAGAACUUGCAGUCGGCUGAGGAGUGGUACAAAUCGAAGUUUGCCGAUCUGAAUGAGCAGGCCAGCCGGAGCAACGAGGCCAUCCGCGCCAGUCGGGAAGAGAUCAACGAGUUCAGGAGGCAGCUGCAAUCCAAGACUAUCGAGAUUGAGAGUCUGAGGGGAACCAACGAAUCAUUGGAAAGGCAGAUCCGGGAGAUAGAGGACAGGCACAACCUUGAGGCUGUGGGCUUCCAGGAUGCAAUUGGGCAUCUUGAGAAUGAGCUAAGGACCACUAAAAGUGAAAUGGCUCGUCAUCUUCGGGAAUACCAGGACCUGUUGAAUGUAAAGAUGGCACUAGACAUCGAAAUUGCUGCUUACAGGAAACUGCUAGAAGGAGAGGAGACCCGCCUCAGCACAGGCAUGAGCUAUCCCAUUCCGAGCUCCGCUUCCAGCAGCCCGAGCUACACCUACCAGAGCCGCAUGUACACCAGCUCCAGCAAGAGCAUCAAGAAGGAUGGAAAAGACGACGAGGGUGAACAACAGCAGCAGUGGGGUGGAAAGUCCGACAGCCCUGCCUCCAAGACGGGUGACAAACAUGACCCUGGAGAUGUCAGCCCCAUUGGCCAAAAGAACUAGGCUUCCACCCACUUCUCCUCUUGCUUCUAGCCCCACACCUAACUCACAUUCCCCUUCCCCAACUAGUCUCCUCCACUAGGGAUGUCUUAGAGAGGAACCUGAUGUGUCAGCAUAUAAACUCUCUCUUUCUCUCUCCACAUAUUGACCACAGCAUUCUCUGCAAGAGGGUGUGUGCACCCCAUUUAGAUAUACCGUGCACUUCUGGACACGCUUCAGCUGUUGUCUGGCCACUCCCUGCUGCCCUCACUGUUAGCUGAUCCAGGUCUGUGUUCUGCAUUAGAUGCUGUCUGAAACCUUUAAGUGCACUGCCACAGGCAACUAUCACUACAUUCCAAAAACCGAUGUGUGUACUGUGUAUGCGUGCGUGUCUGUGUGUAAAUGUGCACAGUAUAUUUGAAUCAAAAUCCAAACCAGUCAGCUCACUAACUGUAACUGCAUAGAUAGACACAAAUUUAGGAAAAGACCGAAAGUACUUUGUGACUUCGCACAGGACAAAAAUCAGAGAUGAGAGUUAGUGUUUAUGUUGAACAAAAUAAGGUUUUACACCCAAAAACUGGCACAGAUCUUGACCUGCAAUACUGUCUUGUCUGACCUGCAAUACUGUCUUGUCUGCACUGUGCCAUGGCGGUGCUGUUAUGUGCUGACUGUACAACUCCCAGGCCCCUUUGUGAAGUCCAUCACCUUUUAUAUUUUGUAUGAUCUGAGGUCAGGUCAUACCAUAUCGCUCAUCUUUAGCUGCUUCAAAUCUUAGUUCAUGUCGACAGAGGUGUGGAUUUCAAUCCAUAAACCCAGUUCUAAAAGAUCUUGAACACCGCUGUUCUGGUGCUAGAAUGUUCCCUUUUCAAAACCUGACUCAUGGUGCCUGUCUGAGUCUCCCCUUCCUGAAAAUGUGAAUCACUGGAGCAAAUGUUGCAGCUUAAACCAAUGCAUGUUGUUUAUACUUUGUUUGCAUGGCCAUCCAGCAGUUGUCUUUUACCAUGUGGUAAGAAAUUGAAGAGGGCAGUAGUGUGCCCUCAGCCCAUCACAACAUGCUAAUCACACUAUGACUACAAUCCAUUCGAAUACGUAAGGUCGUGUCUGCUAAUUGGACAAAGUGUCCGAGACCUGAGAGUAAAAUGGAGUUGGCGAGAAUGCUGGGGAGUGCUGUUGAUGCCUUUAUUCCCCUCCACAUGCUGCUUGUUAUUUGUGAUUCAUUUUAAGGAUGGAAAUUAGUUUGGCACACAUUUGUCUGAACCCAGUUUAUCUAAACACGAACACAUUCCUAUGAACUGUCAGCCAGGGAGACACAGUGCUUUUGGGGAUGUCAGUUGUGGAAAUAGAAGGAGAGAUGGGUAGCUAUAGGGUUGUUUAGGAAAGAGGUCUGAAGGAAAGAGGCUUCUUAUUUAUGAGCUUUAAGGCCUUACAGUGCUUUUGAGUUUGUCAAACUAAAAAUGAACCGAAUGACAGCACAAAUGCAUGGAGCUAUUGAUCUAAAUGCUUUAAAUGUUUUGAAUGGAAAAUGCAAUCUAAAAACAAGCUAUACCAUGAAUUUGUAUGCAUCAAUACAUCACAUCUGCGUAAAUGCACCAUAUCUACGUAUUCAUACCCACAUACCAAUGCAUAACAGCCUAUUUAAGUUAAGCAAAUGUUUCACAAACCCACUGGACCACGUACUUCUCAUAAAAUAGACCUCCAACCAUGAAAGGAAAGGGUAUUUAUCUUGAUAAUCUCAGACCAAAAUGCAAGGUCCAAAACACUUUCAGAAUAGGGCUGUAAACAAUCAGUUGUAAUUGUUGUAAACAAUCCUCUAUCUAAAGCUCAACAAUAGGCAUAAUACGCAUAGAUAUAGCUAUACUUUCAUUGCUGUUUGUAAUGGUAAUCUCACAAUAACUGCUAGAGACCUUUCUCUAAUUCCAUUUAGCACUGCCAGGAUUUGACACCAUGUGUACUGUCUUGCCUAUCGCAUCCGUCAUGGCUCCGCUGGCCUUGACGUUCUGCAUUCUUUGCUGUGAACAAAUCGAUUGUACUAGGCGGAUGUGACGUGGUAGUAGUAAGUUGUUUUUCGUAAUAAAGCAGGCUUGACGUAAAGAUUCCCAAGCGCUGAGGUGCGAUGGAGUGUUAGGCAAUUUAGGAAGCUUUUCCUUCCAUUUGCUCUUGAGCAUAGGUACCAAAACCAGGCAAUUCUAUUUCUCAAUUUCCAAAAUGUACCUAUGAGGACCUUUAUGUGUAUGCUCGCUUAUUCGGAAGACGAAAGACGAAUUGUUAAAGCAUCGCGAUACGACUUAGUCGAAAGAAAACAUUGCUAUCGCGCACAGACGUGAAUAAUAAUUACAUGUGUGAAUAAUUUUAAUCGAAUAGCAGUUUUCAGGCAACACCAAACCAACACCCAACCUUCGUAUACAAGAUGCUAAUGGACGUAAAGGCUAUUUAAAACGUACGAAUACUGUAGAUUAUCAAAUGCCUUAAAACAGGGGCUUGCUGAAACUGUUCGUGUGUGUUCGUGUAUUGUUUCCGCGAGGAAUACGUUACUAUGGUCUUUUUUCUCUAACGAUUACAUGCUAUAAUAGAAACCUGCUGAAACGAAAUCACUGAACGUAGGCUAUGUACUCUCCUAUUUAUUCUGUAUUCUACUGCUGUCUCCGACGACCAAUAAAGAUUUGGCAAGUCCAUCA